UUUGAGCUUCUUGACAAUAUGGCCGAUGCUGAACUGAAGAAGGCUUUUACCGAGCUGAAGAAUAAAAGUGUAGAAACUGCCACCAGAAUCAAGGCUGUCGACAAUCAGGUUGAGCAAUGCAAAAACAGAGGAAAGCAUGCAGAGCUGACCUACAUGGAAGUAAAGCAAACUAGUGGUGCAACUAAGUUGUAUGAAAGUGUUGGUAGAAUGUUUGUGUUGGAGACACAGGAUACUAUUUUGGAGCAGCUCAAAGACCGCGCUGCUAUGAGCAGGGAAUCUAUCCAGAAACUUGAGAAUCAGAAGGUAUACCUGAGCAAGAACUUAAAGGAAAGCGAGAACGCACUACGUGAACUGGUAGAGAGCAAGAAAACGACGAUUGCAAAAUAAUCACGAACAUUUUCAUCUUUUGCGCCUCUGUAGUGGUUUUCUCUUUGUGUUUAUAUUUGCUGUUAUAUUUGUAGAGUUAAUUGGACGGUUUUCUGUUCUCUGGACUAUAUCUUUUGUAAAAUAACAUUAUUUGUCAA